CAGGAUACUAUUAAAAGCGCACGCGUGAACUGUGAUACUGAUGCUUGUCAGCUGUCCACCGCUGAAUACAACGUUGUAUUGAGAAUUGAAGUAUUCUUUGUCCUACUACGAAGUCUUCCAAUGAAGAAAUAUAGUUUUAAUCAGACUUAAUGGCUUGUGAUAAUCGGACGAAAGUAUACUUGGGAUACGAAGAUGAAUACGUUACUGAUAAGCACCGGUCCAGUAUCAAUUUUAUGACAAAUAAGAUCGGCGGAUUUCCAAACUGUCACGAGAAAACUACAUUGUCGUUACCGCAAUGUAGAUUAUGUGGAUUACAUCAGCUCCUGGCACUUCAGCUGUAUGUUCCAUUAGAUAAUUCUAAGUAUCAUCGAACGCUUUAUAUUUUCGCAUGUAUAAAUCCAAACUGCUGGAAUCAAAAUGAAAGUUGGACUUGUAUAAGGGUGCAAGUAUUAGAAGACGAAUGUAAAACAAAUGCUUUAGACAGUAGCAGUGUAAAUGUGCCAUCAACAACGUCAUGGUUAUCGGAUGCUGAUGAUUGGGGUGAUAAUUUAAAUGACAAUUCUGAAAAAAAUGGGAAUAAUUUAUUGAGCAACAAUGCUAUAAAAUUGAAUUUUUCCCUGAGAAGAGAAAUAGAUGAAAAUAUCAGGGAAGAAUUAUCUGUACUACAUGUUGAUGAUCCUAAUGCAAAUAGUCCAGCAAGUGUAGAAUCUCCAGUUGGAAUAGGUGCUGUAGGUAGAUUAGAUUCACCUCAGGCAUCCGCUGAAAUUGAUGGAGAAGAAAGUGAAGUUGUCUGCAUCGAUACUCCAACACAGCCUCAAUGUGAUUUAAUUAGUUUGUUGCAUGAUGUAACUCCCUUUCCUAUUCAAUUGGAAUCAAACACAGAAACCAAAUUUUCAUUUGUUGAAAUAUUCCUUUCUGUGGAAGAAGAAGAUCGUGGUACAGAUGUACCACAACAUGUUUGUGAUUUACUCCUUGAAUACCAAUACAGGAAUCCAGAUUUAUCUACAAAAUCUGUAGCAGACUUGGACGAAAGCAAGACUACAGAAACAGCUACAGAGAAAUAUGAAAAGAGCAUUCCUAUGCAUGGAGAUGAAAUGUUUCACAACUUUGUUUCUCAAAUACAAAAGAAUCCUGGUCAGCUUUUGCGAUAUUCACGAGACAAUUCUAUGCCAUUAUUAUUGUAUCCUAUUAGUGGAUGUGUCGGAAGAUGUCGACAUUGCGGCAGUGAAAUGACAUUCGAACUUCAAAUUUUACCUACAUUAAUUUCGAAAUUAAUACUUCAACCACGAACUGAAAAGAAUUUCCAAAUUGAAUUUGGUACUGUUUUAGUUUAUACUUGUGCCAGAAGUUGUUGGUCCGCGACAGAUUUAUACAGGGAAGAGCACGUUAUUGUUCAAGCAGAGAGGUUAUAGUGAUAGUACAAUUGAAAUAAAUUUAAUAGAAUUUUAAACUUUCGAUAUUAGAGAAAUUGUAGUUACAUCGUUUUGGUUGCAAAAUACCGUCCAUCCUUCUGCAUAUACAUUAGAAUUCCUGAUAAUGAAUGAUGCAUAAAAAUAAAGUUUUAAUUCCAGGUGCAAAUUCAUUCCAUAUACCUUUUUAAAGAGUAUACUAGGACAGUUGUGAAAGUUAUUUUAUUUUUAUGUAGUUUAAGAAAAACUGUACAUUGCUAUUCAUACAUAAAUACAGAAACUUUAAUGGAAA